CCUAAAUGGGACAGGGAACCAGAUUACUGUACGCAUGCGCUGUCAAAUUGGAAAAAAUCAGAAUGGCGGAAAAUAGCCCCGGAUAAUAUUUUCUCAAAAUUUGAAGAAAUUGCGGUAAUUCUUAAAGGGUGAUAACAUGGCAUCUUCCUACAACAAUUCCUCUGAGGAACAAACAGAACUACGCAGACUUCACAUUAAACUUAUCUCUGAAAUUAACGAUAAUUUAGAUAAAAAAAGCAUAGAGUAUGAAAAAUUAUUUUUUCACUUCGGAACUUAUGUGCCUUUAGGAUUAAUUGCCAAUAAAUCAAGUCUAGAUAAAUUUGAAACUUUAUGCACCAGAAAAAUCAUAACACCAGGAGAAAAUUAUGAAAAAUUGAAACAAAUAUGUCUAGACAGUGGAAAUGAUAUUUAUGUAGAUACAAUAGAAAAAUAUGAAAAGGAAAUGGAAAAAGUUCGAUCUCAACAUAGAUAUACAGGUCCACAGGAAGCUGAGAAAAAACAUACAGAAUUAAAAAGAAAAUUUACUGUUCUUGAGUCAGAACAAAAAGAGGAGAUAAAAAGACUCAAGGUAGAAGAUUCUCAACAAAAACAGUUAAGAUAUGAAAAGGAUAAAUCAGAAUGGCGAGAAAAGCUGAUAGAACAGUAUCAAAAAACCCUGCUGCAAGUUCCUACAACACCUUUACAACCAAAAAGUGAAAAAUGUAGCUUUAAUGAGAUUUAUAUUAGGCCCAAAAUAACGAGGGAAAUAAAAGGAGAAAAGGGGGAGACAAAGGAGGUGGAGGUUGAAACAAUGUCUGAAAUCUUCACAAAGAACGGAGUCCCCCAAAAAUCUGUAUAUGUUCUAGGAGAUGCAGGGUCAGGAAAAACUAGCUUUUGUAAAUAUCUGGUUAAUUGUUGGUGUUUGGCACACAGUGAGGAACAUGAAGCUGACAAUGAAAACAAAGAUGGCACCGGUGAACCUGACUGUGACGGUGAAAAACAUGGGGCUGGCAAUGAAAAUGAAGAUGGCAAUUGUAAACCUGAAGGUUACAGUGAUAAACAUGGAGGUGACAGUGAAAAACAUGAAGCUGGCAGUGAGGAACAUGGAGGUGAUAAUGAAGAACAUGAAAAAAAGGGAAGUGACAUUGUAAAUGAAGAGGUAAAGGGGACACAUAGUGGAGACAUUGGAAACGAAGAGGGCAGUAAGACACAUGAAGUUGUUAUUGAGAAACGAGGAGAAAAACAUUUGGGUGGCAUUAAGAAAAAUGGAAGUGACAGUGAUGACAUUCAGGAUAACAGUGAUGGCUUAAUACACUCCGAAUCUCACAAUGAUGACUCUGAUGAGAUCUUAACCGGCUUUAAAUUUAACAUUUAUGACUCUGAAUAUGAUAGCAAAAGUUAUGAACUGAAAUUCAAUGGUGUAAAAGAGAUGAAGAAAUUUGAUUUUGUAUUUUACAUCCCUCUUAGACAGUUUAAUCAAAACAUUGGCAUUGAUGAAAUGCUUCUAAAACGUUAUCAAAUGAAAAUGUUGAACACACUUCUUGAAGAGGAAUCUUCUAGAGUUAUGAUUUUGCUUGAUGGCUUAGAUGAAUGGUCCUCUGAAAAUGUCCCAGAACAUAGUAUCUUUAAGGAGUACACAAUAGUAACUACUUCUCGGCCAUGGAAAUUUCAUACAUUAAGAUCAAGUGAUGUUGAGAUUGAACAGUCGCUAAAUCUGAAAGGGUUUGAUUUUAGAUGUGAAUGGGAAAUGGUAAGUAGGACAGUCUCACAAUUAAAUGUAAAUAGAAAUGCUAAUAAACAAGCCAGAGAUUGUAGGGAAAAGCUGAAUCAGAAGUCUCUUGAAAGUUUAAAACAGGUACCAAUUAUGCUACAACAACUGAUAUGUCUAUGGUUUGAUGGUAAACUCGAUAAAACCUCAAGAUGUGCUAUCUACACCGGUAUGUUAGAGUUAUUCUUCACCUGGAAUGACAUGAAAACUACAGGAACAAGUACUAGAUUCAUGAAGGGUACCCAGAAAGUAAACCUCCCUCAAUAUUUAGCAGAUAAAACCAAAUUAAGAUUAAACAGGCAUUUUAUUUAUGAAAUAUCACGGUUGGCUUAUGAGACACUAUUUAAUUGUCCGAAGGAUAAAUCCUUGACAUUUGACAUUUGUAUGUUUGAUGAACUUGAAAUAUCAGAUGAAGUAAGAGAAAAUUGCUUGAAACUUGGAAUAAUGACAGAAGAUGAUUGUCCAAGUUUAUCUGUAUCAGAAGCAUCAAGCUCAUUGUUGUCUUUUAUUCACAAAUCAAUGCAAGAAUUUCUGGCUGCAGUGAAUAUUUGUAUCAAUUUCAAUGCAAAAAUGUGUUCAUCAGAUAGUGUAGGAAAUUUUGAAUUGGCCAAGAAGUUUAUAAAUGACGUUUUUCAGAACUGUUCAACAGUAAAUGACAUAUUAGAGCAAUCAAAUGUUAUCAUUAUGCUUUGUGGUUUAGAACCUAAAUUAGCAACAUGUGUUUCAAAAUACAUAUAUGAUACUGUGUCAGAAGACUCUCGUGUUCAGGAAUACAGGAGAACAAUAAGUAGUAAUAUUUAUUUGGAUCAUAGUUGUAUUACAGAUAUUCAAAAGCUAAUGUUUGAGUCAAUGAAAGAAUUCAAUGAAACAUGUAGUAUAGAAAAUAAUCCUGUAUUUUAUAUAGGAGAUUUGGUCAUUGGUAGACGGGGUCAGUAUUGUGAUAUUGUUUGUUCAAGCAUUUAUCAGCAUCAAAUUGUUCUUGACUCUGUUCUGUCUAUUAAUGUAUAUGACAUCAACAAAAAAAAUGUUAAAUUUACAAAAUAUUUAUCAAUGUUUCAUCAUCUUGAAAAAAUUGAAAUAUCAUAUGAAUCUGAAUUUCUAAGGUUAUCAAGUACACAAAGUGAUAGUACACAGAGGGAUGAACAGAGGAUUAAUGAGAUUAACAAUUGUGUUUCUGAGACAAUUAAAGUAAAUACUUCAACAUUAAAGUCUCUGUCUCUUGAUGUCUCUAACACUGACAAGUAUUACCCAGUGUGUAAAACAGUUGUUAGUAACCUACCUAGUAUGAUCAAUCUUGUAGCAAUAAGUAUGAGUUAUAUAACAAUGAGUCAUGAUGAUACUACUACAUUUUGUAAAAAUUUCUUGAGAGAAAAGUCACUUGAACAAAUACAUAUUGGGUUAUUUUAA